AUGGGCUUAUUCGGCCUAGCAGUCAACCUUGUUGUUUUUUUAACAGUUUUUAGUCAAGUGUGUUGCAAUGAACAGACUAAAGUUGUGGAAACUAAGCAGGGAAAAGUAGAAGGUUAUUUGGCGCCAAAUGGACUUUUUUAUGAAUUUUGUGGCAUUCGAUAUGGCAUUGUAAAGAAUAGAUAUAUGGCGCCAGAAGAACCUCCUUCAUACGAAGGCAUCUACAACGCCAAUAACAGAGCAGUCUUAUGUCCUCAAUUUCCCGCCAACGACCCAUUAGCUGCACCAAGUGACAAUGAAGACUGUCUCAUAUUAAACGUCUUCGUGCCAAGUUUCACUAACACCACGUUACCAGUGAUGAUAUUCCUCCACGGGGGAGACUUUGGCGUUGGUAGCAGCUCCCCCUACUUUUAUGGUCCCCAUUACUUGGUCAGCCACGGAGUCAUAGUAGUUUCUGUUAACUAUAGGCUUAAUGCCCUAGGUUUCCUCAAUUUAGGGCUCAAAGAAGCCCCAGGGAAUGCAGGUUUGAAGGAUAUCAGAGCAGCAUUGAAAUGGGUUAAAAAUAACAUUCCAAAUUUCGGUGGUGAUGAAGAGAAUAUUACAGUUUUUGGACACGGAAGUGGAGGAGCUGCAGCAAUAUACCUGACUCUCUCUGAGUCUUGUAGAGGUUUAUUCAAUAGAAUCAUAUCUGAGAGUGGAACUCUGUUCACCCCUAAAACGUUCGAUGCUAAUCCUAUAUCAACAGCUUCACAAGUGGCUAAAUCACUCGGCGUCAACACUUUAAACACCGAAGAACUUAUUAAUAUAUAUAAGGCCGUGCCCAUUGAUAAAUUGGAAGAAGCAAUUGGAAACCAAAUGAACGCAAAAUCUGUAUUUCUUCCAUCGAUAGAAGACUAUUAUGACGACGAACCGUUCUUAACUGAUACACCUUAUAACAUUUUACUAUCGAAAGCCUUUAAUCCAGUGCCGGCCAUAUUUGGUUUGAACACCGUCGAAGGCCUGGCUACAACACUUGACUAUUAUACAAUAACUAGCCAAAUGGAUAGAAUAAAGAAUGAAGAUUUCUCGUGUAUUGAUCAGAAGUGUUUCAACGUAUCUCAAGCGAAGAAGAAAGAAAUUAGAACCAUUUUAAGAGACACUUACUUCUCUAAUAUCACUGAUGAUGAAACGGUCAUCGGAGGUUUAAUAAAUCUGAAUUCGGAUUUCUGUUUUGUAGGUCCAAUGUCUUUAUUCGUUGAAAUGUAUUGCAACAAAUCUGAUACAAAUGUUUAUCAAUACAUUUUCAACUACAUAGGUAACAGGAAUUUGGGAAGGCUUUUGACAAAUACUACUUUACCUGCUACAACAUAUAUGGACGAUCUGUUUUAUGUGUUUGAGCUGGAAAGGUUGCCAUUGCCGAUGAACGAGAAUGACGCGAGAAUUGUCACUUUUAUGACGAUGAUGUGGACCAAUUUAGCUAAAUAUGGAUCUCCAACUCCGGAUGCAGAUAAUGGCGAAUGGAUGCCAUAUCCUCACCAGCUAGCAAUCACUUUAGAACCCCAAUACGUGGCUCCAUUGACACCAGAAAGAGCGUACUUCUGGCGCACUUUGUACAAAAAAUAUGGCGCCGAAAUUGAGCGGGAAAAUGACGAAGACGAUUGA